GGCAAAAAAUGGCGUCGAUGUGAACACGAGCUCGCCUCGCCGAGGAAGUCUCCGCCAUCUGAUCCGGAGCCACCGGAGCCGCAGGAACAGAGAUCAAGGGGAGUGGAGGAUGGAGGAGGAACCGUCGGAGCCCAGCCCAGACGUGCUGGCCCCUGCAGAGCCCAGCUCCAACGAGAUCGACAAAGAGGUGUUGUCUCCAAUUGUGGCUGCUUCAGCCACCUCCUCUUCUUCCAUGGAGGAGGAGCCUGGCCCUGCCAGGGCAGCCACGCCCCCAGUAUGGGAAUGUGGAGGGCCAGCAGGGACGCAGCAUGGCGCAUCCCCAGCCUCAGACAGCUGCCAGCCUGACCCUGGCCUACCCAGCACAGUCUCCGGGACCAGUGAGGACCUCCGGCCUCCCAAACGACGCCCACCACCAGCGACACAAAUACCCUGCUCGAGCCCUGGCUGCUUCCUCAAUUUCUCGAGUGUUCGUGACCUAGCACAGCAUCUUCGUACGCACUGCCCACCCACCCAGUCCUUGGAAGGCAAGCUCUUCCGCUGCUCGGCCCUGAGCUGCACGGAGAGCUUCCCGAGCAUGCAGGAGCUGAUGGCUCACAGCAAGCUACAUUACAAGCCCAAUCGCUACUUCAAGUGUGAGAACUGCCUCCUGCGCUUCCGCACGCACCGCUCGCUCUUCAAGCACCUGCACGUGUGCGCAGAACACGCUCAGAGCCCCGCCGCGCCGCCCCCCGCCCUGGACAAGGAGACGCCCGCGCCUGAGCGCCCCGCGGAGUCUGACCCUGCGUCGGCGGCCGGCCUGCCGUUCCCGCUGCUCGAGCCCUUCACGACCCCCGCCUCUGCCCCCACUGGAUCCUUCCUACCCUACUUGAACCCUGCGCCCUUUAGCCUAAGCCCCCCUCGCCUGCGCCCCUUUCUGGCCGCCGCUCCCGGGCCGCCAGCCUCCAGCGCUGCUGUCUGGAAGAAGAGCCAAGGUGCUGGCGGCAGUCCCCGAAGACCGCAGGGCGGUUCCGAUGCACCCUCAGUGCACGCGGCCCCAAGCCGCAUCGUGUGGGAGCACACGCGCGGCCGCUACUCGUGCAUGCAGUGCGCCUUCUCCACGGCCUCGCGGCCCGCCAUGACACUGCACCUGCAGGACCACCGCCCCGGCGCCCCCGAAGCCCCGGUGCCCGGGCCGCCACGCCCCGACGCCCCGGCGGACCCGACCCCGCUCGCGUCUAAGGUGUCACAGCUGAUGGCAGAGGGGGAGCCGCCAGUGUUCUCGCUGCUUUGAACUGCACCCACUCCCAUUGCUCUGGGUGGGUAGAGAUUCUUGUAAUGUGGGGUGGGGACAAUAAAGGAGGCGCGAC